AUCUUGUAGUUUGAUAUACUCUUUGAAUUCGCGGACCUGUUUGCAUCGGAAUGCAUCGACCAUACAAUACUCAAUCCCCAUUUUCCGAUCUUUUGUUAGCCCAACUCCUUCCCCCACCGUUCUUAAGGAAUGUCGUCGACACCAGCAACUUCAAUCGACUCUUACAGAACCGCCAUGGACGAAGUUGCCUUGAACGACCUUUCUACCAAUGAAACACCGCCACCAACCGAUGAUGGUCAUCACAGUGCUAGAUCGUCACUGGAUUCGGAGGCACCCAGUGACGCUCCCCUUGUGACUGACGAAGAUGAGCAGAAGGAUGUGCCUUGGACAUCGCUUUUCGCCUUCACCACCGGGCGGCAUAAAAUCGUACUCGGAGCAGCGCUUACGCUUUCCAUUAUCAGCGGCCUGGUGAUCCCAGGUAUGUCCAUACUGAUGGGCAAGAUCUUUGGAGCCUUUGCGCAGUUCGGGAGCGGUACUCUGAGCCCAGACGAGUUCAUGGAUGAAGUGAAGAAGUAUUCUCUGUGGCUCACCAUUCUGGGAUGUGGCAGCUGGAUACUCAACGGCGCUUUCUUUGCUAUGUGGCUCUGGUUCGGGGAGCUCCAAGCAAAAUCCGCCAGGGACAAACUCUUCGAUAGUCUCAUCAGCAAGGAUCUCAGCUGGUUUGAGGAGAGGAAGACUGGUGUUUCGGCCAUGAUAACGGGUUCACAAACAUACAUCAAAGCAUUACAACUAGCUGUUUCGCAGCCACUCGGAUUUGCUACACAGGAACUGGUGACAGCCACAGCAGCUGUCGGUGUCGCGUUCUACCACUCGUGGUCCCUGACUCUAGUUAUUCUGGCAUUGAUCCCCGUUGCCUUGGCCUUGAUCGCCUAUCUAUCGUCAAAAAUCCAGCCGCAUAUCGAUGGACAAAAGAAGUAUCUUGCUGUCGCCUCCAAAACCGCGAGCUCGGCCAUCAUUUGGAUUGAAACCGUCAAAGCUUCCAACGGACAGGCACAAGAGCACGGUUCUUUCGUCAAAGCGGUUGGUUGGGCCUCGAAGGAGUACAGGAAACAGUCACACCUCAAUGGUUUACGGAUGGGGUUCACCAGGAUCCUCAUAUUGGGCAUGUUCGUUGAGGGAUUCUGGUACGGGAAUAAGUUGGUCCGCGGAGGAAGCCAGUUCUCGCCGGGGGAUAUCAUGACUACUUUCUGGAGUUGUUUGAUGGCUACUCAGGCACUGGAAACGGUUAUGCCGCAGGUGAUGGUUCUGGAGAAGGGCAGGGCUGCUGGCGCUUGGUUGAAAGCGCUGUUAACCACGAUGGAAAAUAAGACAGGCAGUGGCCGCCGCCAGCUUGGUGGACGCAUGCCUAUGACUUGCAGUGGUGAUAUCGAGCUUACAGGUGUUUCGUUUACAUACCCAUCGCGACCUAGUGAGCUGGUCUUAACAGACGUCAACCUCCGCCUUCCGACGAACGAAACAACCUUCAUCGUUGGCCACAGCGGGUCCGGGAAGAGCACUGUAGCAAGUCUAGUAAUCGGUGCCCAUCACCCGCUCGCCGGCGAUAUUUCCAUAGAUGGCAACUCCAUCAAAACACUGGAUCCUCGAUGGAUCAGAGACAACAUCUCGGUAGUGCAGGCGCAGAGCCCACUUUUUAACGAGAGCGUAUUCCGCAACAUCUCGUUUGGCCGCGGAGACUACGAAAACGUUACGAAGGAGGAUGUUCUGGAUGCAUGUAGGGCCAUGGCUCUGGAGAAGACGAUUUUAGAUCUUCCUUGUGGACUGGAUACCAUUGUUGGUGCGGGGGGUAAACAGCUAUCGGGUGGCCAGAUGCAGCGAGUAGCUUUGGCGCGGGACCGCCUUCGCGACGCAACAAUACUGAUUUUGGAUGAAGCACUGAGCGCCCUGGACGUGUCCAAUCGCCGCAUCGUGAUGGAGACCAUACGAGAGUGGAGAAAAGGCAAGACAACGAUCAUAAUCACCCAUGAUAUUUGCGAGAUCGGGCCGGACGAUUUCACGUACGUCAUGGAGAGGGGCAAAGUCGUGCAAGAAGGGCAUCGUAGAAAUCUCGAGACAGAAGUUGGCCCGUUUCAAAUGUUCCUCGAUGCUUCUGGGGUGGGACGGCCCGGGAGUGGAAAUACCGUCGAGGACGGUGAUCGAAUCACAGGAUAUGAUGGCCCGUACGCCAACAAUUUACUGAAAGAAAUAGGGGCGCAAGAUCGAAUUACGAGACAUGACGGGCCCUUCGCGGAUGAGGUCCCGAAAGAGAUAGGUUCCCCAGAGGUCAGCAUUGUUAGAGACAAGCGAUUCUCCGAAGUGAUGACGCUCACCGAUUUCCCCUUUAUAUCUGCGGUCACGCCCUCGGCACGCCCGAUAUCUCAAAUUUUUCUGAACUUUAGUACAGUUGGGGAGGGAUCGAAUCCACCGAAACCUAUCACUGAUGAGGAAAGAGCGCUGCCAAAACGAGCUAUAUCUCGUGUGCAGCAGGGCAAGCCAACGUUACGGCAGAUCUUCGCCACGGUUUGGCCGGCGCUCAGUACCAAAGGGAAGUUCCUUCUGGUCCUCGGAUUCGUGGCCGCUUUCUUCCAUGCCGCUUCCACUCCAGUCUUCGCCUUCGCUCUUGCCCGGCUGCUGCAGUCAAUCCUCGAUACUCGAAUCCCCGAAUCCACUGCCCGAAACUGGGCACUAAGCAUCAUCGGCGUGGCCUUCGCCGACGGUUUAAAUUACUACCUGAUGUUCUACCUCCUGGAGUUCAGCGGGCAAUCCUGGGCCGACCAUCACCGAAUACGGGCCUUUUCACGGGUGCUAGACCAACCGCUAGCCUGGUUUUCCCGCGACGAAAACUCCGUUGCAAACCUAAUCGAAGAUCUCGAGAAGCACGUCGAGGAGAUGCGCAACAUCGUCGGUAGAUUCGCGGGGCUCACAUUCGUCGGUGUGUCUCUCAUGGUGAUUUGUAUGACGUGGAGCUUGAUCUCAAGCUGGCAUUUGACGUUGGUCGGAUCAUCGAUUGCGCCCGUCAUGUAUGGGAUCUCUAGAGGGAUGGCGUGGAUGUCGGGUCACUAUGAGAAUAGGUGUAACAACGCAGCGCAGAUGACGGGUGGUAUCCUCUAUGAGGCUAUCACUAAUAUCCGCGCGGUGAGGAACUACAACAUAGAGAGAUUCUUUAGGAAGAAGUACUUUGAUGCUACGAAGACGGGGUUGGCUCUGGGUAUUAGAAGGAGCUUUUGGGAGGGCUUCUGGUUUGGCCUGUCUGAUUCCUCGAUGCUUUUCGCUACUGCAUUGAUCUUCUACUACGGCGCCCAUCUAAUGUUCAAAUCCAAUGAGAGCCUCAGCGACGUCCUCAGUGUCUUUACCCUCCUCCUCUUCUCCACCGCCAACGCCAACGUCAUAAUCGGGAUGAUCCCGCAAAUAAGCAACAGCAAGGAUAGCGCACACCGAGUCCUGCGGCUCUCCACUCUGCCCCACGAUUCGCACGAGCAAUCGGGCACGCUUUCCUUCCCCAUUCUCCCCGCGGCAAUCACCUUCAAAUCCGUAGUCUUCUCCUACCCCGCACGUCCUCAUAUCCCCGUCCUCCGCGGACUGUCCCUCACAAUCCCCGCAGGCCAGUGCAUAGCCAUCGUCGGCUCCAGCGGCAGCGGCAAAUCCACACUCGUAGCACUCCUUCAGCGCCUGUACACCCCCAACGACGGAGAAAUCCUCAUCGGGCGUCACCCGCUGACCACACUCUCUACCCGGCUGCUACGACAGCGCCUAGCGAUCAUUCCGCAGCAGCCAACACUGUGGGACAUCAGCGUGGCAGACAACAUCACCUACGGCCUGCCCGCGGGCGAGGUAGGGAGCGAGGAUGUUGUCCGCGCCGCGAAGCUCGCCGGGAUCCACGAGUUUGUGGAGAGUUUGCCGGAGGGGUAUAACACGCUGCUUUCCGCCGGGGGCGGAGGGUUGAGUGCAGGACAGGCCCAGCGAGUAGCGAUAUCCCGUGCGCUAGUGAGGAGGCCGAGAGUGUUGAUACUUGACGAGUGCACGGCGAACUUGGAUUCGGAGAGUGCAAAAACCAUCAAGGAGAAUGUGGUGAGGUUGCUAAGAGAGGAGCAGGGGAGGAUGACGGUGCUCAUGAUUACCCAUGCCGAGGAAUUGAUGAGGGUUGCGCAGAGGGUAGUAGUGGUGGGGGAGGGGAAAAUUGUCGAGGAAGGGACGUACGCUGAACUGAAGGCCUUGGGAGGAGAGUUUAGUAGAUUGUUGGAAUAAGUAGGGGUUACUUUCUAGUAUUUAGUUUGGCGUUUACUCGGAGAGCAAUACUUAUACUUUUUUUUCUUUUUCUUUUCAUGGCUAGGAUACCUGUAACUGUACCUAUCUUUUGGGUGUCCAUUUUGCAUUGCGGGUGACUCGGCGGAGCCACUCGCAGGCCCAUGGGGAACCCAGGAGCGACCUUCACGGCUUAUAUAGUAUCUUGUACAAUUUAGCAUGAUCUACUA